CCGCCGCCGCCGCCGCCGCCGUCGCCGCCACUGCUGCUGCGCGGCCGCUCCGCGCCGGGGAUGCGGCCCCAUAGGGCCAGACUGUAGCGGCCGGAGCCGGGCCCCGGGCGGUCAUGGAGGUGGUAGACGAGACGGAGGCGCUGCAGCGUUUUUUCGAAGGCCAUGACAUCAAUGGGGCCCUCGAGCCCUCCAACAUAGACACGAGCAUCCUCGAGGAGUAUAUCAGCAAGGAGGACUCUUCAGACAUCUGCUUCCCCGAUAUCCCUGCUCCUGCCGGCUACCCACACACCCAGCCCUCAGGAUCCGCAGCAGCCCCCGGCUCUAGCAGUGGCCAUCAUCUGAGCCUGCCAGGGGGUGGGGGAGGACCCUCCUCAGGCCGCCACGGCCCCCUCCCACCCCCACCCUGCGGGCCUGGCUUCAGUGCCCACCUCAACAUCAACAACAACAAUGGUCUAGCGGUGCCCAAAGGCUUUGCGGGGCACUGCCUGAGUGGGGCCUCGGGGCCACCCAUCAAAUCGGAGCCCAAGGCAGCCUAUGCCCCAGGCGCUCUGCCCGACUCCCCGCCAGACUCCGGCUCUGAAGCCUGUUCCCCCCAGCAGGUGAAUGACCCUCACCUCUUGCGAACGAUGACCCCUGAGAACAUGUGCCACGUCAGCCUCCCCUCCCGCCUGGAGCACCCGCCCCCUCCACCUCCCCCCCCACACCUCCCAGGCCCUCCCCUGCCUCCCCCGCUCCACUACCCCGUCCUGCAGCGUGAUCUGUACAUGAAGGCCGAGCCUCUCAUGCCCCCCUACGCUAUGGGGCAGGGCAUGGCCCCUGGAGACCUGCACCACGCUCAGCAGUCCCAGAUGCUUCACCAGCUGCUGCAACAGCACGGGGCUGAGCCCCCUGCACACCCUUCUAAGAAGAGGAAACACUCCGAGUCACCUCCCAACACCCUCAACGCCCAGAUGCUCAAUGGGAUGAUAAAACAGGAGCCAGGUACGGUGGCAUCCCUGCCCCUCCAUCCUGCCAGAGCCCCAACGCCACCCUGGCAUCAGCAAGGUCCCCUCUCGCCAGGACCGGGAUCCCUCCCCCUCAGCAUUGCCAGAGUCCAGACGCCUCCCUGGCACCCGCAGGGGGCACCUUCCCCAGGCCUCAUGCAGGACAACGAGAGCCUGAACGGGUCUUACCUGGACCCCAAUUACCAGUCUAUAAAAUGGCAGCCUCACCAACAGAACAAGUGGGCCACGCUCUACGAUGCCAAUUACAAAGAGCUACCCAUGCUCACUUACCGGGUGGAUGCCGAUAAGGGCUUCAACUUCUCCGUGGGUGAUGAUGCCUUCGUGUGUCAGAAGAAGAACCACUUCCAGGUGACGGUGUACAUCGGCAUGCUGGGAGAGCCCAAGUACGUCAAGACCCCUGAGGGUCUGAAGCCCCUGGACUGCUUCUACCUAAAGCUGCACGGCGUGAAGCUGGAGGCCUUGAAUCAGUCCAUCAACAUCGAGCAGUCGCAGUCGGACCGGAGCAAGCGCCCCUUCAACCCUGUCACGGUCACACUGCCUCCAGAGCAGGUCACCAAGGUGACCGUGGGUCGUCUGCACUUCAGUGAGACCACGGCCAACAACAUGCGCAAGAAAGGCAAACCCAACCCAGACCAGAGGUACUUCAUGCUGGUGGUCGCACUGCAGGCCCAUGCUCAGAACCAGACCUACACACUGGCAGCCCAGAUUUCAGAGCGCAUUAUUGUCAGGGCCUCCAACCCUGGCCAGUUUGAGAGCGACAGCGACGUCCUGUGGCAGCGGGCCCAGCUGCCCGACACGGUGUUCCACCACGGCCGCGUGGGCAUCAACACAGACCGGCCUGACGAGGCCCUGGUGGUCCACGGCAAUGUGAAGGUGAUGGGCUCCCUCAUGCACCCGUCGGACAUCCGGGCCAAGGAGCACGUGCAGGAGGUGGACACCACUGAGCAACUGAAGAGGAUUUCCCGGAUGCGGCUCGUCCACUACAGCUACAAGCCAGAGUUUGCCGCCAGCGUAGGCAUCGAGGCCUCCCCUGAGACUGGGGUCAUUGCCCAGGAGGUGAAGGAGAUCCUCCCAGAAGCUGUGAAGGACACCGGAGAUGUGGUCUUUGCCAACGGGAAGACCAUCGAGAACUUCCUGGUAGUGAACAAGGAACGGAUCUUCAUGGAGAACGUGGGGGCCGUGAAGGAGCUUUGCAAACUGACCGACAACCUGGAGACGCGCAUCGACGAGCUGGAGCGCUGGAGCCACAAGCUGGCCAAGCUGCGCAGGCUGGACAGCAUGAAGUCCACAGGCAGCUCGGGGGCCUUCAGCCAAGCGGGCAGCCAGUUCAGCCGCGCCGGGAGCGGCCCCCACAAGAAGCGGCCCCCAAAGAUGGCCAGCAAGGCGCCUUCCGUGGUCCCAGACCAGGCCUGUAUCAGCCAGCGCUUCCUACAAGGAACCAUCAUCGCCCUGGUGGUCGUCAUGGCGUUCAGUGUGGUGUCCAUGUCUACACUGUAUGUGCUGAGCCUUCGGAACGAGGAAGACUUGGUGGACAUGGAUGGCUCUUUCGCUGUGUCUACUUCCUGUCUUCUGGCCCUGCUCCGGCCCCGGGACCCCGGGGGGAGUGUGGCCCUGUGCCCAUGGUCCGGUCAAAGCUAUGGGACCACUCAGUUGCGCCAGUCCCCCGCCUCUAGCAGCCCGCCGGGCCCCCAGACCUCCUCACAGCCUGCCACCACUGGCCGGCUGGACUCUGCCCCCGUCCUCACUCUCCGUCACUUGGACCUGUGUCCCAGCCCUCCCUGUCCUGUCGUUUGCUGCUCCCUGCCCACCCUGAGCCCCUCCUCUGGCCAGAGCUCUGCCCCCAGCCCUGCUGCCAACCGCUCAGGCCCCAGCCAGACCUCACUGCUGCCAGUCACCAGCAUUAGAGCCAAGUCUUGGGGCCUCUCAGCCAAUGGCAUCGCCCAUGCCAAGCCCCCCAAGAGCCUGGAGCCCCCAGCCAGCCCCUCAGCACCUUUCACCGGCAUGCAGGGCAAAGCCAAGAACAGCCCCAACCUGUCUAUCCCUGCUCGUGCCCGCCGAGGGGCCCCCCUGCCCAGCCCCACCACGCCCCAGCCCCCCGGCUCCGAUGGCCCACCUGGUGCACGCCCUACCCUGAGCUCCAUCCAGGUCCUGGAGAAUUCACUACCCAUCACAUCCCAGUACUGUGCUCCAGGUGACGCCUGCAGGCCAGGGAACUUCACCUACCGCAUUCCCAUCAGCAGCCACACUCCCCUCCACCUCAGCCUGACCCUGCAGAUGAAUUCCAGCUCCCCUGUCUCAGUGACAUUCUGCAGUCUGGUGUCUCAGGAGAGCCCGUGUGAGGGGAGCAGCUUUCCCCACAGCCUGCACGUCCACAGCGACACCCAGGGCACCUCACACCAGUGGCCUGUGACCAUCUUGUCCUUCCAGGAGUUCUCUUACCAUUUCCGAGUGGCCCUGCUGGGUCAUGCCAACUGCAGCUCGGAGGCGCCCACCCAGGCAGUCACAGACUAUUUCUUCUACUUCUACCGCCUGUGUGACUGAGCGGGCCCCCGUGCCCCAGGGCCCCCCCCCUCCGCCAAGGACCCAGGGGCUCCUCCAGGCCUCUUCUCUUCUCCCACACUGGAUGUGCUGUGUUACACUGGAGCAGGGUGGGGGGGGGUGGCUCUGCACCCCACCUCCACCCCCGGGGGCUGCUAUCUGACGCUGGCGCUCUCGGGAUACACACUGGAAUUCCUGCUGCUGCAGAGACUACGGCUGGGGACUGGCCAGCCUGGAGAAACUGGAAGUGCCUACACUGGAGUUAGUGACCUGAGGCCUGCCCCGAAGCGGUUGGAGAAGGGGCGAGGUGGGGACCCUUCAGGCUGGGGCUGACCGGCUCAUCCCUGGGUCCAGAGGUGCAGUCACUGAGCCUCGCCCCCUUCCUGCCUCAGCCCUGGCCUCGGUCCAGAGUUCUUGCUGCACAGGCAGCAGCUUGAGACUAUCCUGGGGGUCCUUGUGACAUCUGGGGGAGGGGCCUUUCUUGAAGCCUGGCCCUCUGGAGCCAACCCUGGAACCUGGGACCUGAGGCUGGAGGGCCCGUGCGCGGCGGGCACCAUGUGCCUGGGCGGCCUUGGCCCCGCCUCCGUCCCUUCCCCCCCAGGUGUUGAGGUGUGAGGGUCAGAGUUGGGAGGGGGAGCACGAGGAGGGAGGAUCCCUGGGAAUCCUCCCAUGGGGGUGAGGUUGAGUACCUGGACUUGAACCUUGCCCCAUUUGAACCCCAA